AUGCUGAGCGGCCGCCAGGUCGCGGGCGCGGUCGCCGCGCUCGCGCUCGCGCUCGCGCUCUUCACGCCGUCGCGCUCCUCGACGGCGACGACGCGCGGGUGUCCGUACGGGUUCGGCGCCGACGCGCGCCCCGGGGACCACCACCACCACCAUCAUCGUCGCGGGGUGCCGACGCCGUCUUCGGGGUCAUCGCGCGGCGACGCGCGCGUGUUCGCGGGCGCGAAGUUCUGGAUCGACGACGGCGUCGGCGACGGCGAGUGGGCGGACGCGAUCGCGGUGACGCGCUCGGGGCGCGUGCUCGCGUCCGGGAACGUCUCGCGCGUCACCGCGCUCGCGGGCGACGCGGCGGAGAUCGUGGAUCUCGCCGCGGGCGACGACGACGACGACGGAUCGACGACGGAACGUUUGGAACGUUUACGUUUCGUCCUCCCCGGGCUGCACGACGCGCACCUGCACCUCGUCUCCGGCGGGUUCCGCCUCCGCGAGCUCGACCUCUCCGACGUGGACUCGAAGGACGCGUUCGUGAAGCGAGUGGAGGACGCCGCGAGGGCGCUCCCGGUCGGGACGGACGACGCGUGGGUGCUCGGCGGGGGUUGGGACGAGACGCGUUGGGGCGGCGAGCCGCCCGUCGCGGAUUGGUUCGGCGAUCUCGGCGAGACGACGAACGUGUGGCUCCUGCGCGCGGACGCGCACGUCGGCGUCGCGUCAAACGCCGCGCUGAGAGCCGCGGGGGUGACGUCGUCGACGCGAGACCCGGACGGCGGGGUCGUCGGGAGGAGAGACGACGGGUCGGGUCGGCCCAACGGCGUCCUUCGCGACAACGCGAUGACGCUCGUGCGUUCCCGGAUACCCAAAACGACGGACGAGGCGCGCGUCGCCGCGUUCCAGCGCGCGUUUAAACAUCUGCUCUCGCUGGGAAUCACGACCGUGUGCGACUUCGGGGACGUGAACGCGCUCGCGGGGAGCUCGGUGAAGGGCGCGACGGAACGCGUGUGGGACGAUUUGGCGUUGCUCGAGGCGAUGGACGCGCGCGGCGAACUUCCGACGCGCGUGAACGCGUACCUCCCGCUCGCGGACUGGGAGCGCGUCCGCGACGCGCGCGACGCCGCCGCCGCCGCGCCGCGCGCCGGGCGGCUGCGCGUCGCGGGCGCGAAGGCGUUCGUCGACGGCAGCCUCGGCGCGGGCACCGCGUUGUUUCGGGCGCCGUACGCCGACGACCGCUCGAACUUCGGCGUCGCCGUGUCCGACGUCGCGGAGCUCACGCGGCGCGUCGUCGCGGCAGACGCGGCGGGGAUGCAAGUCGCCGUCCACGCGAUCGGCGACGGCGCCGUGGACGUCGCGUUGCGCGCGGUGGAGAAGGCGACGGAGGCGAACGGCGCGCGGCCGUCGCGGCGGUUUCGAAUCGAACACGCGCAGCAUCUCCCGGGGCCAUCCGCGGAGACGACGCCGGCGCGGAUGAGACGCGCCGGCGCGAUCGCGUCCGUGCAGCCCGCGCACAUGGCACUCGACGUCGCGCUCGUCCGCGCGAAGCUCGGGGAGGAGCGCGCGGCGCGGUCGUACGCGUUUCGAAGCUUCCUCGACGCGGGCGUCGCGCUCGCGGGCGGGAGCGAUUGGCCCGUCGUCGCCGCGGACGCGUUCGCUGCGAUGCGCGCCGCGGUCGCGCGGCCGGGGUGGGACGCGUCGCAGAAGUUGACGUGGAAGGAAGCGCUCCGGAUGUACACCACCGGCGCCGCGGAGACGAGCGCGCUGAGAGGCGCGGUCGGGGCGUUGACCCGGGGCGCGUUCGCGGACUUUGUCGUCGUGGAGGGAUGGAAUCAAUGGAUGGACGGGAACGACGAAGCGGCCGAAGCGUCGGCGUCGCCGACGCGGGUGGUGUCCACGUACGUCGGCGGGCGAUGCGCGCACGGGUGCGAAUCGGCGGCGAUAGAACACUAG